AUGGCUGCCAAGGGGACAUCCUACCUGAUCAUUGGCUCAGGGGUGUUCGGCGUGUCUACGGCCUACCACCUCAUCCAAAAGUACCCCACAGCCUCCGUCACGCUCGUCGACCGCGACGCCUACGACGCCGAGUCCCGCGUGGCCGCCUCGUGGGACUGGAACAAGGUAGUGCGGGCCGACUACGACGACAAAGUCUACUGCCAGCUCGCGCUCGAAGCCCAGGACGUGUUCCAGUCGGACCCUCUCUGGAAGCCCUACUUUCACCAGACAGGCGUCUACUGGAUAUGCCGCAGCUCCUAUGCCCAGGACGUUAUCAACCACCACAAGGGAUUCGGUCGGCACAACGAUAUUGAGGCAUUGCCGGUCGCCCAGGCCCGGAAGAUGUUUGACGGCCUGUUCGAUAAUGCGGAUUACACGGGCGCCAAGGAGGUGCUCCUUAACAAAUCGAGUGGCUGGGAGCUUGGGGUAAAGUACGUGACCGCCGAGGUCGCCACGUUGGAGUUUGACGGGAGGCGCUGCAUCGGGGCCAAGACGCGGGAUGGAAACCGUCUGCUUUCGAGCCAUGUGAUUGUGUCUGCCGGCGCCUUCACUCCCACUUUGCUGGAAAUGAGCGCGGAGGCGAGCGGCAACGAGGGUCUGAGUGCAGGGUCGAGGAUACUCGCUGCGGGCAUCACGACCGGAAUGGCACAGCUCACGGCUGAACAGUACCAGAAGUUCAAGAAUAUGCCAGUGGGCUUCCAAGGUUACACACCUAAUGAAGGACUUUAUAUCGCCACUUGCGGGUCUUUCCACGGCUACAAGUUCUUCCCCGUCCUUGGCAAGUACAUCACGCAAAUGAUGGAGGGCGAACUGUCUCCGGAGCUGGCAGACAAGUGGGCCUGGGACCGAAAGCGUCCGGAUCCCUCGCAAAACGUCGAGUACCCUAACACGGAGGCCAACCACUUGCUUGAAAGAAUGACUAAACUGUAG